CCCUGCAGCGGGCACUCCAUCCAGAGUUUCUCCCCACGAGGUUCCGGGACUGAGCCUCCUGAAGGACCAUCCCCGGUACUGGACGGGAGCCGGGGGGGAAGGCAGAGCUGAUGCUCUCUCAUCUGAGUUUUCAUUGCCAGUCGAGUAGGCCCAGAACAAGCCUGAGGGAGGCAGCCUGUGAUGGGAGCCCGCCCAGAGGCCCCCCGCCGGUGCUGGGCCCCCUGGCUCCUGGGAUUCACCAGCCUCCUCCUCAGCGCCUUCAACACUGUGGUCAGGAGCCCUGGGGCCCGUGGGUCUGACGUGGAGGAUUCUGGAAGCCGAGUUUCCCUGACGGGGACUCAAGGAGGUUCUGCGGUGUUUCAUGUGGCCACUAAACCAAUAUUAACCCCAGAAGUCAUCCUGGAGAAGAUUUCCUGGGGCAUUGAGUCCGGGUCACAACACAUAGCCAUGCUGCACGUCUUUCCCGGGGUACGUGGCCCAGAAUGGGUGAACUUCCAGGACAAAUACAAGGAGAGAGUCCACGUGCUCAACACGACGACCCUGAGGAUGGACAAGCUGACCCUGGAGGACAGUGGGCGGUACUGGGCUCGAGUGUCCUUAACGGGAGGAACAGUAUAUGACCAGUAUUUCCACCUCAGGGUGUACGAGCCCGUUUCGCAUCCCCAGAUGCUGGCCGAGAUUCUGUCCCUCACAGAAGACUGGUGCAACAUCACCCUGGAGUGCCACCCCACGGAAAGCACAGAGGACAUGAACGUGUCCUGGGAGAGCAAGGGCCUCCCCAGGGAGCUGGAGCAGACGGGGGCCCCGGACCCGGCCCCCACCCCCUGGACCCUGGCUCUGCACCUGCCCCUGAGCCGGCCCAGCCCCAGCGUCACCUGUGUGGUCAGCAACCCGGUGGACCAGAAAACUGCCACCCGGGACCUCGGGGAGGUCUGUGGCCACGUUUCUGAGGGGGAAACAGAUCCACGCAGACAGGCCUGUGAUGUUUAUAUGUGGGACAUCCUGAGGAUUGGUGUGGUCAUCCUGUCAGUCAAUCUGGCUAUUGCAGUCCUCCUAAUUCUGACGCGGCGAUUUAUGAGGAAAUACAGCUGUGGCAGGACCCUCUGUCCACAUUGCAGGGGUCGGAGGAACCACAUCUAGGACAGAGACGCCUCUCACUAUCGUCUACACUGAGGUCCACUCGCCAGGCCAGGUCAUGUUGAAGACUUAAUCAGAAGAAGCAGGGAAUCUGGCCUCUGGAGACACCUGUGCUGUGAGUGUGAGGCCUGCAGCCCUGGUCCUGCCCCACCCCCUCUGGCUGCCCUGAGCAGGGGUGGAUUUAGCAACAUGGGUGAAUUUCUGCGGGAACUUGCUGUGCACAAGUCACCAGAGGACACUCGUUGUGGUAGAUCGAGGGGGACCAGAGUAUUUAAAUGGGUCCAAACCUGUGUUCCAGUUCCGCUCAGCCUCAGCCUCUUGGCCCCUUAAUGGACCUCACUCUCCCCACAUGUACGACAUGAAUCUGUCAGACCUCAGCCUCUGGGACAAAGUCAUCCUGAAAUCACAAAAUCCAGCCUCGACCAGUGUAACAUCACACCGCUGUCAGUAUGUGUGUUCCCUCUCUGUCUCUCUUACAAAUAAAUAAAUAAGUGUUUAAAAUAUGCAUGUAA